GUACAGAGCUGAUUUGGGUAUUUAGACUUACGACCGGCUAAUCAUCCCGACCAAGAAGUAUAGAUCAGAUUGUUGCAUGCUAAAUACGAAUUAUGCGUUGAAGAUUUAAUAAGUGCACGUAAGACGAUAAAACAAGCUGGUCCGUCAUGGAAGUCGACGAUUGUGCUGGAGUUUCCGUCAGUUGGCGACAGGCGACGAAUUCGAAGGGAGCUGUCAAAGCAGACGACAGUACUCGCGCAGGCGCAGACGUGACUCCGUGGAUUGUCGUCUGCUUGACUAACCACGUGAGAAAGGUUUUGUCAUUUGUUAUGGAAACGUUUGGAAUGCAGACAAGCUCGGAACCACUGCUGCCACAGUCAACCAUAACGACUAUGAUGGAAGAGGCUAAACACAUAUGCAAGGAUUAUACAUACCAGCGACUGUCAGAAAAAGAUAUGACGAAGAAAUUACCGUUUGGAGGCUGUAAUUCAGAGCUGUCUGAAAGCUAUAUCAACGCGGGACAGGUGCUGGAGAAAAUGUACCCUCGUGUUUACACGGACGUUUCAAGGAAGAUUGGCAGAACUAUGAGUAGCGCAGGUAUUGUGAAAGCAACUCUGAACGACGUGUUGAACAUACUCUUCCGUGAUUCCAUUACUUGGGGUAAAAUUGUGUCAAUGUUCGCGAUAAGUAGUUCCUUUGCCGAGGAGUGCGUUCAACAAGGACACCCUGAUUUCGUCAACGACGUAGUCGACACGGUUGGGGGAUUUGUCGUCAUGCACCUCGUGGAAUGGCUUGUAAAACAAGGUGGAUGGAAGGGUCUCGACAGCGCCUUCAAGGAGAACAAGGACGUCAUUAGCCCCACCUUCCUCAUCGGCAUGGUCGGGGCCUUCGUCGGCUUCGUCACAGUCACCAUCUCCUUCAUCGUUGAGCUGCGGUGACAGACGGUCCACGCCCGCCAUCGUGUUGUGUGGAUGAGGACAGCUCUCGUGUUGCGACAUGUAUUGUGCAGGGAUGUAAGCCUUAAUCAUGGACCGCAGACAUAAAGCUUGACUGAUGAUAGAAGUCACGUCCGUCGUAAUCAGAUGUCUUUCCACGUCAAAUUACCGGAUGAAUACAGCAUGAUUGUGCUUAAGAGAAUACACCAGUUCUUUGCCAUCCUCUACCGGAAUCCCCAUCCUCAGGAGAAAUAUACGGAGUGUCCAACUGGUUCAUUUUCUUCAACAUUGACCGUCGUCCAGAUUGGUCCAAAAGAGACUUUUCAAAUUUGGUGAAAUUGGACAAAAGAUCAAACGACAUGAUGGUCCGUUGAACAUGACAUUUGCCACUCGGCGACCGGCUGAUGUUGACCAUCCUUUACUUCUAAAAAACUCUUAUGAUGAAACUAUCAUAACCAGGGACCUAUAUAUUCAGUGUGUGUGCGUUUGCGUGUGCGUGUGUGAUGAUUUUGUCACUGUAUGCUUCAAAACACAACCUUUGCGUUAUACCGAUCGGACGGUGGGGUAGCCAAUUCCUAUUACAGCAUUCGCUCGUCACGGGUUAGAUUCCCCACGUGGGUAUACAUGUAUUUUGUGAGGACCAUUUCUGGUGUCCUCUGCCGUGAGGCCCUUGAUAUUUAUUGAAUGCUCCGUUAAUGUUGGUUCCGCAUCGCCUGGACGGUGUUAACACGUCCCAAUGAUUGACGAAUGGCUUCAAGCUGGGCUGACAUUGCUUGAUAUUGAAAGCUCAACAUAUGUCGACGUUGAAAAAGACAAGCCCUUGCUGUUAUAUUCUGAUGAUUAGCGAUUGCAUUGGGUGAGUGAGUGAGUGAGUUGGGUUUAACGCCGCUUUUAACAGUAUUCCAGUUAUAUCACGGCGUGUCAGCUUAAUGUGGGAGGAAAGCCCGAAGUG